AUGCUAUCCUAUAUCUCUGAUGCCUUCCGGUCCCUGUCGCCAGACGAAGGUGUACAGCAGCGACCACCACGGUAUGCCGGUGAAGAUACUACCCCAACGAGUCGCCGGGAGAUCUUAGGAUGGUACUCGUACGGAAUUGCGGCUGAAGUGUUCGCGGUCUGUGGCGUAGGAUCUUUCCUACCCCUCACCUUGGAACAAUUAGCUCGAGAGCGCGGUACCCUACAAACGAGUCGCCUUCCCUGCACCGGACCAUCGGCAGGGAACAGCACAAAUGCUGAAAAUGGCCAAUGUGUGGUCCCGGUCUUUGGUCUUGAGAUCAACACGGCCAGUUUUGCCAUGUACACCUUCUCGGUGGCAGUGCUUAUCCAGGCGCUAACACUAAUAUCGUUCAGCGCGCUGGCGGAUUACGAGAAUAACCGCAAAACAUUGCUUAUGGUAUUCGGAUUUGCCGGUGCGCUCGCCAGCAUGUUGUUCGUCUUCGUUGCACCACCAAUCUUCGUUCUCGGGUCGAUAUUGGUCGUCGUCGGGGUGACCUGUCUUGGCUCAUCCUUUGUUGUGCUGAAUUCAUACCUGCCCGUGCUUGUCGCCAACGACCCAUCUUUGCAAGCUGGGGACGCCAAUGACGGAGCGGAAAUGUCGAGCUUCGACCGAGAUGAGGGUAACUCGGAAUGGAAUGCUUGGGGUAACGAUGAUGCCGACGAUGAUAGUCUAGAUGGACUUCAGCCGCCAGGAGAGCCACAUAGUUCACUAGAAGGUGGUAUGGGAUUCAAAGCCUCGCCCUCAUCCUCCCCGGAGCUGCAGCUGUCCACCAAAAUCUCCUCCAGAGGCAUUGGUCUCGGAUAUUGCGCAGCGGUAUUUGUGCAAAUCAUUAGCAUUAUCAUGCUGAUCACAUUAUCCAAGACCUCGCUUGCAAAAGCAUCCCCCAGUCUUCCCAUGCGCUUCGUAUUGCUACUGGUCGGCAUCUGGUGGGGCGCCUUCACCCUGGUCACUCGUAAUUUGCUCAAGACACGGCCAGGGCCCCGGCUGGACUCGGUUUCCACCAAAGGCGCAGGCAGAUGGCGGGCCUGGUUGCGCCUGAUCGGGUUUGCCUGGAAAUCCCUAUGGAAGACCGUCAAAAUAGCGAUGAAACUGCGCGAAGUCAUCAUCUUCCUUGUAGCAUGGUUCCUACUCUCGGACGCGAUGGCCACCGUCUCUGGGACGGCAAUUCUCUUCGCACGCACAGAACUCAAACUAAGCACCCCCCCUGAUCGGACUCCUCUCAAUCACCGCCACGGUAUCCGGGAUGACAGGCGCAUUUUUGUGGCCACAUGUAUCACGCCUAAUCACACCAUCCUCCUGUGCAUUGGCCUGUUUGAGCUGAUCCCACUUUAUGGCUUGCUUGCUUACAUCCCGUUCAUCAAAAGCUGGGGUGUGUUCGGGUUACAACAGCCGUGGGAGAUCUUCCCACUAGCCAUUGUGCACGGGGUAGUUUCGGGCGGACUAGCGUCAUACUGCCGGUCGUUCUUCGGACUCUUAAUUCCCCCCGGGAGCGAGGCUGCGUUCUACGCUCUUUAUGCUGCCACAGACAAGGGGAGCUCGUUUAUUGGACCGGCCAUCGUGGGCGUACUUGUCGAUGCGACCGGGCAAGUCCGGAGUGGCUUUUUCUUCAUUGCGGUUCUCAUACUUCUACCGAUUCCCCUCGUGUGGAUGGUUAAUGCGGACAAGGGUCGGCGGGAAGGGUUGGCUAUGGCUGAAACCCUGGACAAGUCACAUGGUGGACCCGCCGAGUAUUCCCAGGAAGCCGAAGGACUUCUGGCUCGCCAGUAG